AUGGUUGUUGGGCAAAACGGUGCCGCCAAUCAAGAAGAGUCUGUUUAUAAUCUUGUUCCACGUACAGAAAUACGUGCACCAAAACCACAAAGAUAUGAAUCAACAUUCAAAAAGCAUGCGGCUGAAAGUCUAAAUAAAGGCAAAUAUGAUCAUCGGACCAUGGGAUAUGCCGAAGAACCUCUACCAAAUCCUGAAAAGUUUUUGAAAAAACAUGAAAAAGAGAAAAAAAUACCGGAAGUGAAAGAUACAACAACAAGAGAACCUAGAGAAAAGAGAAAACCAGCCGUACCAGCUAAAAAUGACGCACCAAAAAUGGGUGUGAGGACAGAAAAAAAUUUUAUUCAGUCAAACGCUUUAGACGCUGUUAUGGCUGUACCAAAAAAACCCGAACGAAAUCUUGUUGAUGAUCGAUUUGGUGACAGUUUUCCAGUGGAUCCAAGCGGUUUAUUACCAAAGUAUUUGAAGAAAAAAGAUUUCGGAGAAGUUCCCGUGUAUAUAAAACGACGUCAAGAAGAUAUGAAAAAGGCUCAGGAUGAGUACAGUUCGUAUGUGACAGAUUAUUUUCGACGUGGUGCAAUGAGAGAGAUGGCUGAACAAGAACGACAUACGAUCAUUGAUGGAUUAAAAAAACAAUGGGAGGAUGUUCAUCAUGAAUAUCAAACAUUAUCGGUAAUUAUUGAUACAAUACCAAAACGUCAACGAAAAGAACGUUUAGAACAUGAAAUGCAAUUAUUAGAAAAAGAUAUUGAUUUACUUGAAAAGCAUCAAGUCAUCUACAUUGCCGAUUAG